CACUACUUCAGGGCAAUUUCCCCCUUCCAAGCCACUUCGCACAUCACAAAUACCUGGGGUGCUCCCCCCCUGAAAGUAGCCCGUGGUGCACAUUUUCUCGAAAGGUCAAUCAUGUACUUCCACCUCCUCGCCCUCCUCGGCGCCACAAACAUUCUGACUGCGCUCGCCGAUACAACCCAGCUGGCUACCCCCGCGGUUAGAACAGUGACCGCCACCGAAGCCGUAACGGGGACCGACAUUGUGGUUGGGGUCACUAAAUCGGUUCCAGGCGAGACAUCGGGCACGCCUCCUUUUGAGUCGGUAACGAGUACCGUCCACCCUUUCCAUCUAACAGGAUGCCUGUCGGUUCUAGAGACUGCUGUGCCGACGAGUUGGUGGGAGAGAAUGAGGACCGACCCAGCAUUCUUCUCAUCGGAAAUCCUCGCGGAGAGUUCAGGGAGUAUGCCUGCCUGGUACUCCAACCUGCCAACUGCUGCCAGGGCUAUCCUUUCCAGUGAGGAAGCGAUGUACGCCUCCCUGCUGUCCUCCGAAAGUGCCCUGGCCACUGGAUGGGACCCAAACUCCACCGCAGGCUCGCCUUCUGCCUCAUCCGCACCUUCAACGGUCAGUUCCACUCGAUCGAAGACCUCCGUCUCGACCGGGGGCGCAGCUGUUGCUACUGGAUGCUGGGCCAUGCGCAUUGCCAGUGUGGGAGGUAUCCUUGGUCUGGCGCUGGCACUGUAAGGGGGUGGAUGGAAGGGGAAGAGAAGACCCUGGCCGCUACACUGUUCAUCCUGAUCGAGGCAAUUCCAUGUCAGGUGUCAAUGUGGGCAUACUUUGGAUGUUCGAAACUGUUGCUGCGGAGCAGAAUCAAGUGAAGUCUGGUACCCACAGCCCGCAUAACCUCAUUUGUGAGCCCAGUCACCCUGUCAACAUGAUGUAAGUCUCUUC